GAGGUGAUGUCUUCCCGACGGAAGGAGAAGCCCAAGGCGGCGGCGGCGGCGGCGGCAACGUCUCCGCCUGCGGCUCCAGUGGCGGGGAGUUCCAGCGGUGGCAGCAGCAGCGGGGGCUCCCCCUCCCCGGGGGACACUCUACCCUGGAACCUGCCCAAGCACCAGCGCACUAAGCGCACCAAGUCGGCUUCGGGCAGCAGCGGGACCGUCCUGGACCCGGCCGAGAGAGCCGUCCUCCGCAUUGCAGACGAACGCGACCGGGUCCAGAAGAAAACCUUCACGAAAUGGGUCAACAAGCACCUGCUCAAGGCCCAGCGCCAUGUCAACGACCUCUACGAAGACCUGCGCGAUGGGCACAACCUCAUCUCUCUGCUGGAGGUGCUUUCGGGGGACACCCUGCCCCGCGAAAAGGGCCGCAUGCGCUUCCACAAACUCCAGAAUGUGCAGAUCGCUCUGGAUUACCUGAAGCACCGGCAGGUGAAACUGGUCAAUAUCCGGAACGAUGACAUUGCGGACGGGAACCCCAAGCUGACGCUGGGCCUGAUAUGGACCAUCAUCCUCCACUUCCAGAUCUCGGACAUCCAGGUGAGCGGCCAGUCGGAGGACAUGACGGCCAAGGAGAAGCUGCUGCUCUGGUCCCAGCGCAUGGUGGAGGGCUACCAGGGCAUGCGCUGCGACAACUUCACCACCAACUGGCGGGACGGGCGCCUCUUCAACGCCAUCAUCCACCGACACAAGCCGAUGCUGAUUGACAUGAACAAGGUCUACCGCCAGACCAACGUGGAGAACCUGGAGCAGGCCUUUUCGGUGGCCGAGCACGACUUGGGGGUCACCCGGCUGCUGGACCCCGAAGACGUGGAUGUGCCACAGCCGGACGAGAAGUCCAUCAUCACCUACGUCUCCUCCCUCUAUGAUGCCAUGCCACGGGUGCCGGACGUGCAGGACGGGGUCAAGGCUAAUGAGCUGCAGCUGCGCUGGCAGGAGUACUACGAGGUGGUGACGCUGCUCCUGCAGUGGAUGCGCCACCACACCCUGGUCUUCGAGGAGCGCAAGUUCCCCGCCAGCUACGAGGAGAUCGAGAUCCUGUGGCGCCAGUUCCUGAAGUUCAAGGAGACGGAGCUCCCUGCCAAGGAGGCCGACAAGAACCGCUCCAAGGCCAUCUACCAGUCCUUUGAGGCGGCCGUCCAGUCCGGGCAGGUCAAGGUGCCGCCUGGCUACCACCCGCUGGACGUGGAGAAGGAGUGGGGCAAGCUGCACGUGGCCAUCCUGGAGCGGGAGAAGCUCCUGCGCUCCGAGUUCGAGAGGUUGGAGCGGCUGCAGCGCAUUGUCAGCAAGCUGCAGAUGGAGUCCGGACUCUGCGAGGAGCAGCUCAACCAGGCGGACACCCUCCUGCAGUCGGACAUCCGGCUGCUGAAUGCCGGCAAAGCCCCGCAGAAGUCGGCCGAGAUUGAGCGGGACCUGGACAAGGCGGAGGCCAUGAUCCGGCUGCUCUUCAACGACGUCCAGGCCCUGAAGGACGGGCGCCACCCGCAGGGGGAGCAGAUGUACCGCAGGGUCUACCGCUUGCACGAGCGCCUGGUGGCCAUCCGCACGGAGUACAACCUGCGCCUGAAGUCCGGUUCGGCGCCCGUGGUCCAGACGUCCGUGCUGGUCACCCAGCAGCAGCGCGUGCGGCCAGAACUGGACGACGUGACGCUGCGCUACCUGCAGGACCUGCUGUCCUGGGUGGAGGAGAACCAGCAGCGCCUGGGGGCGGCCGAGUGGGGCGUGGACCUGCCCACCGUGGACUCCCAGCUGGGCAGCCACCGCGGCCUCCACCAGUCCAUCGAGGACUUCCGGCCCAAGAUCGAGAGGGCGCGAGCCGACGAGGCCCAACUCUCGCCUGGCCCACGGGGCGCCUACCGGGACCUUCUGGGCAAGCUGGACUUGCAGUACGCCAAGCUUCUGAACUCCUCCAAGGCCCGCCUGCGUCACCUGGAGAGCCUGCAGGCGUUUGUGGCGGCGGCCACCAAGGAGCUGAUGUGGCUGAACGAGAAGGAGGAGGAGGAGGUGACCUACGACUGGACCGAGCGCAACGGCAACAUGGCCGCCAAGAAGGAGAGCUACUCGGGCCUGAUGCGGGAGCUGGAGCAGCGCGAGCGCAAGAUCAAGGAGAUCCAGGGCACGGGCGACCGGCUGCUGCAGGAGGGGCACCCGGCCAAGCAGACGGUGGAGGCCUUCCAGGCCGCCCUGCAGACUCAGUGGAGCUGGAUGCUGCAGCUGUGUUGCUGCAUUGAGGCCCACCUCAAGGAGAACACCGCCUACUUCCAGUUCUUCUCAGACUUGAAGGAGGCGGAAGAGUCCCUGCGCAAGACCCAGGAGACCAUGCGGAAGAAGUUUGUGUGCGACCGCUCCGUCACCGUGACGCGCCUGGAGGACCUGCUGCAGGACUCGCAGGACGAGAAGGAGCACCUGGCGGAGUACCAGGCCCACCUGGCGGGGCUGGCCAAGCGCGCCAAGACCAUCGUCCAGCUCAAGCCGCGCAGCCCCUCUUCCCCGGUCAAGGGACGGCUGCCCAUCCAGGCCGUCUGUGACUACAAGCAGAUGGAGAUCACGGUUCACAAGGGAGAGGCCUGCUCCCUCCUCAACAACAGCCAGCCCCACAAGUGGAAGGUGCUGAACGCGGCCGGGAGCGAGUCCGUGGUGCCGUCCAUCUGCUUCGUGGUGCCUCCGCCCAACAAGGAGGCCCUGGACGCGGUCAGCAGGUUGGAGGGCACCCACCAAGGCCUGCUGACCCUCUGGCACCAGAUGCACAUCGACCUGCGGAGCCUCCUCUCCUGGCAGCACCUCCAGCGGCACAUCCAGCAGAUCCAGUCCUGGACACUCCUCACGUUCCGGACGAUGCCCCCCGAGGAGUACCGGCAGGUGCUGCGCAGCCUGGAGACGCACUACCAGGAGUUCCUGCGCAGCAGCCAGGACGCCCAGAACUUCCUGCCGGACGACCGGCUGCAGGUGGAGCGCGAGGUCACCUCCUGCAACCAGAAGUACGAGCUGCUCCUGCGCGGCCUGGAGAAAGGGGAGCAGGAGGAGUCGCUCUGCCGGAACUACAUCUCCCAGCUGAAGGACAUCCGGCUGCAGCUGGAGGGCUGCGAGUCACGGACCACCCACAAGAUCCGCCUGCCGCUCGACAAGGACCCGGCCAAGGAGUGCACCCAGCGCAUCACCGACCAGCAGCAAAUCCACCAAGAGCUGGAGGGCAUCAAGAAGAGCCUGGGGAAAGUGAGUGCCAAGACGGAGCAGGUGCUGGCGCAGCCGGAGAAGGCCGGCUCGGCCCCCUCGCUCCACUCGGAGCUGGACCUCACGCUCCAGAAGAUGGACCAGGUCUACAGCCUCUCCAGCAUCUACCUGGAGAAGCUGAAGACCAUCCACCUGGUGAUCCGCAGCACUCAGGGGGCCGAGGACCUGGUCCGCAAGUACGAGGAGCAGCUGAAGGACGUGCAGGCGGUGCCCGCGGACGUCAAGGCCCUGGAGGACACCAAGGCGGAGCUGAAGCGCCUGCGCAGGCAGGUGGAAGGGCACCAGCGCCUCUUCAACACCCUGGAGACGGACCUGGGCAGGGCCAGCGAGGUCAACGAGCGCAUGGUCCGCGGCCACAGCGAGAGGGACAUCGACCUGGACCGCUACCGCGAGCGGGUGCAGCAGCUCCUGGAGCGCUGGCAGGCCGUCCUGGCCCAGAUCGACCUGCGCCAGCGGGAGCUCGACCAGCUGGGCCGCCAGCUGCGCUACUACCGCGAGUCCUACGACUGGCUCAUCCAGUGGAUCCAGGACGCCCGGCAGCGGCAGGAGAGCCUGCAGGCCGUGCCCAUCGCCGGCAGCAAGAACGUGCGGGACCAGCUGCUGCAGGAGAAGAAACUCCUGGAGGAGUGUGACCGGAACCGGGAGAAGGUGGAGGAGUGUCAGCGCUUUGCCAAGCAGUACAUCGAUGCCAUCAAGGACUAUGAGCUCCAGCUGGUGACCUACAAGGCCCAGGUGGAACCGGUGGUGUCUCCUGCCAAGAAGCCGAAGGUGCAGUCGGCCUCCGACAGCAUCAUCCAGGAGUACGUGGACCUGCGGACCCAGUACAGUGAGCUGACCACGCUGACCAGCCAGUACCUGAAGUUCAUCACGGAGACCCUCCGGCGCCUGGAGGAGGAGGAGAGAGUGGCCGAGAAGCUCAAGGAGGAGGAGCAGCAGCGCCUGGCGGAGGUGGAGGCCCAGCUGGAGAAGCAGAGGCAGCUGGCCGAGGCCCAUGCGCGGGCCAAGGCUCAGGCAGAGCGGGAGGCCCAGGAGCUGCAGCGGCGCAUGGAGGAAGAGGUCAGCCGGCGGCAGCUGGUGGCUGUGGAUGCCGAGCAGCAGAAGCAGACCAUCCAGCAGGAGCUCUCACAGGUCAAACAGAGCUCGGACACCCAGAUCCAGGCCAAGCUCAAGCUGAUCGAGGAGGUGGAGUUCAGUCGGAAGAAGGUGGAGGAGGAGAUCCACCUAGUCCGGCUGCAGCUGGAGGCCUCAGAACGGCAGAAGACCGGGGCAGAGGAGGAGCUGCGCGCCCUCCGGGAGCGGGCCGAGGAGGCCGAACGGCAGAAGCGGCUGGCUCAGGAGGAGGCCGAGCGCCUGCGCAAGCAGGUCAAGGACGAGAGCCAGAAGAAGAAGGAGGCUGAGGACGAGCUGAAGCGCAAGGUGCAGGCCGAGCAGCAGGCCUCUCGCGAGAAGCAGAAGGCGCUGGAUGACCUGCAGAAGCUGCGCAUGCAAGCGGAGGAGGCCGAGCGGCGGAUGAAGCAGGCGGAACUAGAGAAGGAGCGACAGAUCCAGGUGGCCCAAGAGGUGGCCCAGAAGAGCGCCGAGGUGGACCUCCAGAGCCGGCGCCUCUCCUUCGCUGAAAAAACCGCCCAGCUGGAGCUCUCCCUGAAGCAGGAGCACAUCACGGUCACACACCUGCAGGAGGAGGCCGAUCGCUUGAAGAAGCUGCAGCUGGAGGCCGAGCAUUCCCGCGAGGAGGCCGAGAAGGAGGUGGAGAAGUGGCGGCAGAAGGCCAACGAGGCCUUGCGCCUGAGGCUGCAGGCCGAGGAGGUGGCCCAUGUGAAGGCCCUGGCGCAGGAGGAGGCCGAGAAGCAGAAGGAGGACGCAGAGCGCGAGGCCCGGAAGCGCUCCAAGGCCGAGGAGUCCGCCUUGCGGCAGAAAGAGCUGGCCGAGCAGGAGCUGGAGAAGCAGCGGAAGCUGGCCGAGGGAACAGCCCAGCAGAAGUUCCAGGCCGAGCAGGAGCUGAUCCGACUGAAGGCCGAAGUGGAGAACGGGGAGCAGCAGCGCCUGCUGCUGGAGGAGGAGCUCUUCCGCCUCAAGAACGAGGUGAGCGAGGCCAUCCAGAAGCGGAAAGAGCUGGAGGAGGAACUGGCCAAGCUGCGCACCGAGAUGGAGCUCCUGCUGCAGAGCAAGGCCAAGACCGAGGAGGAGUCCCGCUCCACCAGCGAGAAGUCCAAGCAGAUCCUGGAGGCCGAAGCUAACAAGCUGCGGGAACUGGCCGAAGAGGCUGCCCGGCUGCGCGCACUCUCAGAGGAGGCCAAGCGCCAGCGUCAGCUGGCCGAGGAAGAGGCCGCCCGGCAGCGGGCAGAAGCAGAGCGUAUCCUCAAGGAGAAGCUGGUGGCCCUCAACGAGGCCUCGCGGCUGAAGGCUGAAGCAGAGAUUGCCCUGAAGGAGAAAGAGGCCGAGAACGAGCGGCUCAGGCGGCUGGCUGAGGACGAGGCCUACCAACGCCGGCUGCUGGAGGAGCAGGCCGCCCAGCACAAGCAGGACAUCGAGGAGAAGAUUGCGCAGCUGAAGAAGUCCUCGGAGAAUGAGCUGCAGCGGCAGAAGGGCCUCGUGGAGGACACCCUGAAGCAGAGGCGCAUCGUGGAGGAAGAGAUACGCAUCCUCAAGGUGAACUUUGAGAAAGCCUCCCUGGGCAAGACCGACUUGGAGGUGGAGCUCAACCGAAUCAAGCAGAGCGCAGAGGAGAUCCAGCGGAGCAAACAGCAGGCAGAGCGCGAGGCAGAGGAGCUGCGUCAGGUGGCCCUGGAGCAGGAGAACCACCGACGGGAAGCCGAGGCCACAGUCAAGAAGAUCGCAGCGGCCGAGCAGGAAGCCGCCCGGCAGUGCAAGGCAGCCCUAGAUGAGGUUGAGCGUUUGAAGGCCAAGGUGGAAGAGGCCCGGAAGCAGAAGGAGUUGGCCGAGAAGGAGUCGGAGCGGCAAAUCCAGCUGGCCCAGGAGGCAGCCCAGAAGCGGAUCAAAGCUGAGGAAAAGGCCCACCUGGCCACCGUGCAGCAGAAGGAGCAGGAGCUGAUGCAGACCCGGCAGCAGGAGCAGAGUGCCCUAGACAAGCUGCGGGAGGCGGCGGAGCAGGCCAAGAAGGCUGCUGAGGAAGCCGAGUUGGCCCGGAUCAAGGCUGAGAAGGAGGCCGCCUUGUCUCGGCAGCUGGUGGAGGAGGCCGAGCGCAUGAAGCAGCGGGCGGAGGAAGAGGCCCAGGCCCAGGCCAAGGCCCAGGAGGACGCGGAGAAGCAGCGCAAGGAGGCCGAGCUGGAGGCAGCAAAGAGGGCCCAGGCAGAGCAGGCGGCCCUCAAGCAGAAGGAACUGGCCGAUGCCGAGAUGGCCAAGCACAAGAAGUUUUCUGAACAGACACUGCGGCAGAAGGCCCAGGUGGAGCAGGAGCUGACUAAGGUCAAGCUGCAGCUGGAGCAGACAGACCACCAGAAGAACAUCUUAGAGGAGGAGCAGCAGCGGCUGAAGGACGAAGUGACUGAGGCCAUGAAGCAGAAGGCCCAGGUGGAGGAGGAGCUCUUCAAGGUGAAGAUCCAGAUGGAGGAGCUGAUCAAGCUAAAGACCCGCAUUGAGGGAGAGAACAAGGCGCUGAUCAUGAAGGACAAGGACAACAUGCAGAAGUUCCUGGCCGAAGAAGCCGAGAAGAUGAAGCAGGUGGCUGAGGAGGCUGCCCGGCUAAGCAUCGAGGCCCAGGAGGCUGCCCGCCUGCGGGAGCUGGCCGAGCAGGACCUGGCCCAGCAGCGGGCCUUGGCAGAGAAGAUCCUGAAGGAGAAGAUGGUGGCCGUCCAGGAAGCCACGCGGCUGAAGGCUGAGGCAGAGAUGCUUCAGAAGCAGAAGGACUUGGCUCAGGAGCAGGCCAAGAAGCUACAGGAGGACAAAGAGCAGAUGCAGCUCCGCCUCACCGAGGAGGCCGAGGGCUUCCAGAAGACCCUGGAGGCAGAGCGCAAGCGCCAACUGGAGAUCUCCACCGAUGCCGAGCGCCUCAAGGUGCAGGUGACUGAGCUGAGUCUGGCCCAGGCAAAGGCCGUGGAGGAGGCCAAGCGGUUCAAGAAGCAGGCUGAGGAGAUCAGUCAGAAAUUGCACCAAACAGAGCUGGCCACCCGGGAGAAGAUGACUCUGGUCCAGACGCUGGAGAUCCAGAGACAGCAGAGUGACCAGGACGCUGAGAAGCUGAAGAAAGCCAUCGCAGAGCUUGAGCAGGAGAAGGAGAAGCUGAAGCGGGAGGCAGAGCGGUUGCAACAAAAAUCAGAAGAGAUGCAGACGGCUCAGAAGGAGCAGCUCCGCCAGGAGACGCAGAUGCUCCAGAAGACAUUCCUGUCGGAGAAGGACGUCCUCCUCCAGAAAGAGAGAUUUGUAGAGGAAGAGAAGGCCAAGCUGGAGAAGCUUUUCCAAGAGGAAGUCAAAAAGGCCCGAGACCUGACGGCCGAGCAGGAGCGCCAGCAGAAGCAGAUGGAGCAAGAGAAGCAGAAGCUGGCGGCCGUCCUUGAGGAAGCCCGCAAGAAGCAGGCCGAGGCGGAGGAGAACGUCCGGCGGAAGCAGGAGGAGCUGCAGCAGCUGGAGAAGCUGCGGCAGAAGCAGGAGAAGCUCCUGGCCGAGGAGAACCAGAAGCUCCGGGAGAGACUGGAGCGGCUUCAAGAGGAGCAGCGGGCGGCCCUCUCCCAGACCCGGGAGAUCAUGAUCCAGACCGAUGACCUUCCUCAGGAGGUGGCCACUCCAUCCCAGGUGCCUCAGCUGAAAGCAGUGCCCAAUGGCCAAGACCUGACAGAUGGCAUCUCUCAAAACGGUGAAGCGGAGCUGGCGUUUCAGGGCCUCCGUCACAAGGUAUCUGCCAAGAAGCUGGCCGAGGCUGGCAUCCUGAGCCGGGAGAACUUCGAGAAGCUGGCCAAAGGGAAGGCAACGGUGGAGGAACUCUCCCAGAGGGAAGACAUCCGGCGGUACCUGCGAGGAACCAGCUGCAUUGCCGGCCUCCUGCUGAAGCCGAGCAACGAGAAGAUGAGCAUCUACACGGCCAUGAAGCAGCAGGUGCUGAGCCCCGGCACAGCUCUCAUCCUGCUGGAAGCACAAGCUGCCUCUGGCUUUAUAAUAGACCCGGUGAGGAACAAAACCAUGUCUGUCAGCGAAGCCGUGAAAGAAGGGGUGAUUGGGCCCGAACUGCAUAACAAGCUGCUCUCUGCUGAGAGGGCCGUAACGGGGUAUAAAGACCCCUACACAGGGGAAAAGAUAUCCCUCUUCCAGGCAAUGACCAAAGAUCUCAUUGUGAAAGACCACGGCAUUCGGCUCCUGGAGGCUCAGAUUGCAACAGGCGGCAUCAUUGACCCCGUCAACAGCCAUCGCCUGCCUGUGGAUGUUGCCUUCAAGCGCGGCUACUUCGACAAAGCCAUGCAGAAGGUCCUCUCGGAUCCCAGCGAUGACACCAAGGGCUUCUUUGACCCCAACACCCAGGAGAACCUGACAUACCUGCAGCUGAUGGAGAGGUGCGUGGCCGACCCCAAGACCGGCCUCUUCCUCUUGCCGCUGACAGACAAAGCCGCCAAAGGAAGGGAGCUGGUCUACACGGACCAGGAGGCCAAGGAUGUCUUCAAGAAGGCCACCGUGUCAGCCCCCUUCGGCAGAUUCCAGGGGAAAACGGUUACCAUCUGGGAAAUCAUCAACUCUGAGUAUUUCACCGCAGAGCAGAGGCGGGACCUCCUGCGGCAGUACAGGACUGGGAAGAUCACUGUGGAGAAGAUCAUCAAAGUCAUCAUCACUGUGAUGGAGGAAAGCGAGAAGAAGAGCCAGCUCUGCUUCGAAGGGAUCCGGGCUCCCGUCCCAGCUUCCGAGCUGCUAGAGAGCAAAGUCAUUGACAAGGAUCUGUACAACCAGCUGCACCAGGGCAAGAAGACUGUCGAGGAACUUGCCAACGUGGAUCCCAUCAAGAAGUACCUGAAGGGCACCGGUGCCAUUGCAGGCAUCUUGGUUGAGUCGAGCGGCCAGAGGUUGUUGCUCAAUGAUGCCUUGAAGAAAAACCUCCUGAAGCCAGAAAUAGCCCUGAUGCUUCUGGAGGCCCAGGCUGCAACUGGAUACAUCAUUGACCCAGUGAGGAACGAGCAGCUCCCUGUGGACGAUGCCGUCAGAUCAGGAAUUGUUGGCCCCGAGCUGCAUGAGAAGCUGCUGUCUGCGGAGAAGGCUGUGACAGGCUACAGGGAUCCCUACACGGGGCAGGUGGUCUCCCUCUUCCAAGCUCAGCAGAAAGGCCUCAUCCCCAAGGACACCGGGAUCCGUCUGCUGGAUGCGCAGCUUGCCACGGGGGGCAUCAUAGACCCCGUGAACAGCCACCGUCUCCCCGUCGACGUGGCCUGCAAACGGGGCUACUUCAGUGACGAGAUGAACAAGGCUUUGUCUGCUCCAGCUGAUGAGACCAAGCUGUAUUAUGACCCCAAUGCCCAAGAGAACCUCACCUAUGCCCAGCUGCAGAAGAAAUGCCAAGUGGACAUGAAGACCGGCCUUUGCUUGCUUCCCCUCUCAGACCAGGCCGUCCGGCUUCAGCAGGAAGAGAUCUACUCGGACAGCCAAGCCAAGCAGUCCUUUGACAAGGCGACAGUGGAAGUGCCCGCCGGCAGCCUAAAAGGCAAGACGGUGACCAUCUGGGAGUUGAUUCACUCUGAAUAUUUGACUGAAGAACAGAGGAGAGAGCUGAUUCGGCAGUACAAAACUGGCAAGGUCACCAUUGAAAGGGUCAUCAAAAUCAUCAUCACCAUCAUUGAAGAGACUGAGACCAAGAAGCAAGAGAAGCUGACCUUCAGUGGCCUCCGUGCCCCUGUGCCCGCCAGCGAGCUGCUCGAAUCAAAAGUCCUCAGCAAGAAACAGUAUGAACAACUCAAGGACGGAAAGAAGUCCGUGAAAGACCUUGCGGAAGUGGCUUCUGUGAAGAGGUAUCUUCAGGGGAGUGACUGCAUUGCAGGGGUGUAUGUGGAGGAAACCAAGGAGAAGCUGAACAUCUAUGAGGCCAUGAGGAGGGCCCUGCUCAUGCCCAGCACAGCCACUGUCCUCUUGGAGGCCCAGGCUGCCACCGGGUUCCUGGUGGACCCAGUGAAGAACCAGAAAUUGUCUGUCCAUGAGGCAGUCAAGGCUGGCAUUGUGGGACCAGAGCUGCAUGAAAAACUGCUGUCUGCCGAGAAGGCCAUCACAGGCUACAAAGACCCAUAUUCUGGGAACACCAUCUCCCUCUUUGAGGCCAUGAGGAAGGGACUGAUCCUUAAGGAGCACGCGAUACGCCUUCUGGAAGCCCAGAUUGCCACCGGAGGCAUCGUCGACCCUGUGCACAGCCACCGCCUCCCCGUGGAAGUGGCUUAUAAGCGGGGCUACUUCAAUGAGGAAAUGAACCGGACGCUCUUGGACCCCACUGAUGACAGCAAGGGCUUCUUCGACCCCAACACCAAGGAGAAUCUCACCUACCUGCAGCUGAAGGAGAGGUGUAUCGAGGACCCCGAAACCGGCCUCUACCUCUUGCCAUUGAGGCAACCUGAGACACCCACUGUGGUGGAGACCACUCAAGUGUACACUGAGGCUGAGACCAAGAAGGUGUUUGAGGAGACCCAGAUUGACAUUCCAAGUGGAGACAAUGCUGGUUCCUCCAUGUCCUUGUGGGAAAUCAUGCAUUCUGGCCUUAUCCCCGAGGAGCAGCGCAAGAGGCUGAUGGACGAGUUUCGCUCUGGCAAGGUGACAAAGGAGCGCAUGAUCAUCAUCAUCAUUGAGAUUAUAGAGAAGACAGAGAUCAUCCGGCAGCAAGACCUGACCUCCUAUGACUUUGUCCGACGCCGCAUCACUGCUGAGGACCUGUAUGAAGCCAGGAUCAUCUCUGUGGAGAUAUACAAUGCCCUGAAGCAGGGCUCCAAGACCAUCCGCGAGAUCCUAGAAAUAGAGACAGUCUGGAAGUAUCUCUAUGGUGCUGGCUGUGUGGCGGGCAUCUACAUCCCGUCCAGCAAACAGAAGCUCAGUGUCUACCAGGCCUUAAAAAGGGGGAUGAUCACUCCUGAAGUGGCUCGACCCUUGCUGGAAGCCCAGGCUGCCACCGGCUUCAUUGUUGACCCCACCAAGAAUGAAAUGCUCACAGUGGAUGAGGCCGUCAGGAAAGCGGUGGUGGGCCCUGAGAUGCAUGACCGGCUCCUGUCUGCCGAGAGAGCAGUGACUGGCUACCGUGACCCCUACAGUGAGAAGAAAAUCUCUCUUUUCCAAGCGAUGAAGAAGGACCUCAUCCCAUCCGAGGAAGCUCUCAGGCUACUUGACGCCCAACUGGCCACUGGAGGUAUCAUAGACCCACACUUGGGCUUCCACCUGCCCCUGGAAACCGCUUACCAACGCGGCUACUUCAAUCGGGAGACCUACGAGAGGCUGUCUGAGCCCAGUGAGAUACGCAGCUACAUAGACCCCUCCACGGAUGAGAAGCUCAGCUAUGCACAGCUCCUAAAGCGCUGCAAGAAGGAUGAGAACACCGGCUGCCUCCUGCUGCACAUCUCUGACACUCGGAAGCUGAGCUUCCGUGGUCUGCGGAAGCAGAUCAGCGUUGAGGAGCUGGUCCGGUCUAAGGUCAUGGACGAAGCCACUGCCCAGCGCCUGCAGGAGGGCUUGACCUCUGUUGAGGAAGUCUCUAAAGUCUUGAAGAACUUCCUGGAGGGCACCAGCUGCAUCGCUGGUGUCUAUAUGGACGCCUCCAAGGAGAGGCUCUCUGUGUACCAGGCCAUGAAGAAAGGCAUCAUCCGCCCUGGCACCGCCUUUGAGCUGCUGGAGGCCCAGGCAGCCACUGGUUAUGUCAUUGACCCCAUCAAGGGCCUCAAGUUGACUGUGGAGGAGGCCGUGCGCAUGGGCAUCGUAGGCCCAGAGUUCAAGGACAAGCUGCUCUCAGCCGAGAGGGCCGUGACGGGCUACAAAGACCCCUACUCAGGCAAGCUGAUCUCUCUCUUCCAAGCCAUGAAGAAAGGCCUGAUCCUGAAAGAUCAUGGGAUCCGUCUGCUGGAGGCUCAGAUUGCCACAGGAGGAAUUAUUGACCCAGAAGAAAGCCAUCGCCUGCCUGUCGAAGUGGCAUACAAGAGAGGCCUUUUUGACGAGGAGAUGAACGAGAUCCUCCUGGAUCCCAGCGACGACACCAAGGGGUUCUUUGACCCAAACACAGAGGAGAACCUGACCUACCUGCAGCUGAUGGAGCGGUGCAUCACGGAUCCGGAGACUGGGAUGUGCCUCCUGCCCUUGAAGGAGAAGAAGCGGGAGAGGAAGACCUCGUCCAAGUCCUCCGUCCGCAAGCGCAGGGUGGUGAUUGUUGACCCUGAGACUGGGAAGGAGAUGUCAGUGUAUGAAGCCUACCGCAAAGGCCUUAUCGACCACCAGACCUACUUGGAGCUCUCUGAGCAAGAGUGCGAGUGGGAAGAGAUCACAAUUUCCUCCUCUGAUGGGGUUGUCAAGUCCAUGAUUAUUGACCGGCGGUCGGGGCGGCAGUAUGAUAUUGACGACGCAAUCUCAAAGGGGCUCAUAGACCAGUCUGCCUUGGACCAGUACCGCUCAGGUUCCUUAUCCAUUACAGAGUUUGCCGACAUGCUGUCUGGCAAUGUGAGUGGCUUCCGAUCCAGAUCUUCCUCUGUUGGGUCCUCCUCCUCCUAUCCUGUAAGCCCAGCCCAUGUGAGAGCGCAGCUGGCUUCAUGGAGUGAUCCUACCGAAGAGACCGGUCCGGUUGCGGGCAUCCUGGACACAGACACCCUAGAGAAGGUCUCCAUCACCGAGGCCAUGCGUCGCAACCUUGUGGACAACAUUACAGGCCAGAGGCUCCUGGAGGCCCAAGCCUGCACGGGUGGCAUCAUUGACCCCAGCACUGGGCAGAAGUUUGCUGUCGCUGAUGCCGUCAACAAGAACCUGGUUGAAAAAAUCAUGGUGGACAGGAUCAACCUUGCUCAGAAGGCCUUCUACGGCUUUGAGGAUCCAAGGACAAAGACCAAGAUGUCUGCCGCCCAGGCCUUGAAGAAGGGCUGGCUGUACUACGAGGCUGGCCAGCGCUUCCUGGAGGUCCAGUACUUGACGGGAGGGCUGAUCGAGCCGGAAGCGACGGGCAGGGUCUCUCUGGACGAGGCCCUGCAGAAGGGCACCAUCGAUGCGCGCACGGCACAGAAGCUGCGGGAUGUCAACACCUACUCCAAGUACUUGACCUGCCCCAAAACCAAGCUCAAGAUUUCCUACAAGGACGCCAUGGAGAAAAGCAUGAUUGAGGAGGGGACGGGUCUGCGUCUCCUGGAAGCCUCGUCACAGUCCAGCAAAGGCUAUUACAGCCCUUACAACGUUAGCGGCUCGGGCUCCGCGUCUGGCUCCCGAUCCGGCUCCCGAACCGGCUCUCGGUCGGGCUCCAGGCGAGGCAGCUUCGACGCCACAGGAGGGUCCGGUUUCUCCAUGUCCUUCGCUUCCUCUUCCUACAGUUCCUCAAGUUACGGCCGCCGAUACACAUCUAACCUGAGCAGCGGCAGCGGCAACACAGACGCUGCCGACCCGAGUCACACCUUGACCCACCUGGUUGGGACCUGUGGGUGGGACGGAAGCCAGGCGCUUCUCCAGAUGCGUGGGAAGCCGCUGCCCGUGGAGGAGGAGGCAACCCUUGUGCCAAGCUUCAGGCGCACCACUGCCUAUGCAAAACUAAAGGAAGGAAGGAAGGAAGGAAGAGCCCCGGCGGACCCGUGCUUCAGAGAUGCCCCAUGCGCUCCAGCACGCCUCCUGCGCCGUUGCACGGACUUCUCCUCCUCGCUGCCCCCACCGCACCCUGGCAAGAUGACUCCAGGCCUCACUGCUGCUCCUUGGCCGGCCUCCACUCAACCGCGUGGACCCUGCGCUCAGACCUGUUGCUGGAGGUCCAUCCCAACUUCCUUCCCAAGUGGCCGCAGACCUCGUACCCUCCACCCGCUCAUCCGGGGAAGGGGAGACAGCCACUUGGCAGCCACCCUGGAGCAGUUCAUGGGGGCCGUGGUGGCCACCGCUUUGGGGGCAGUGAUGCUGGAGCAGGGCAGGGAGGAGGGCAGCCGCACCGAGACCUUGGCGGCCUGGGAGAAGCUAGAGUUGCCCUCUGCCCGGCACAGACUUUGGGCCGGGAGCUGUUUGGCUUCUGGGCCGCCGGAGGCUGAGUCCUGGCAGUGGCUCUCUUUGGAGGGACUGGUCUGGAAGACUGUGGCAUGCCACCCUCUGCCCAGGAACAAGGAGACUGCCCAGCGGGGACCAUCCGGCCGAUCUCUCGGGAAAGCCCUGCCCUGGAGCCCCGUCUCCAGCUGGAGGAAGGUAGGAGGAGACCGCCAGCCGGUUGGAGAGGCUCACGGGCAGGAAGCCGACCGGCCCAGCCGCCUCCGUCCCACCAGGGCCUCUUCCACCCAAGGAAGGCAGCAGUGGAAGGAGAGGCGAGAACGGGCUCCCCGGUUUACACCUCUGGGGCUGGGUCUUGGGGACUGGCCGAGGGAGGAGUGGAAGGCGCAUGGGCCUGGGGUGCGAGAGCAGCUGCUGUCCCUGCGCCACUGGCUGGACGCCCUGGAGAAGAGGCUGCCGGACCUGCAAGGGAAGGGCCCCGCCACAGAGGGCUGCCUGGCAGCCGCUCAGUCCAUCUGGAAGCACAGCCUGCCUUUCUGUGCCCUCGCUGGAUCUGGGCCCUGUGUGUGGCCCUUCGGGGCCCCUGGCCGGACACUCGCCAACCCCUCUCCUGGGCCUCGGCCGCCGGCCAUGGGCAACUCCGGGAGCCGGCCCAGCUGCCUGGGGGAGAAGAGCCGGCGGUCAGAGGACUUCUUGAAGGACUCCUACCUCAAGGACCUGGGCCUGGCGCCCGGCCGCCGCUCGGCAGGAAGGAACAAUGUGGAGGGCUGUCCGGGACCCCCAGAGAAGCCCUCCCUGAGCCCCGUGGUGAUCGAGAAUGGAUGGAGUGCGGCCCUGGCGGGGCCCGGCAUCACCCACCACGGUAGCCCCCUCCCCAAGCAGAACAACAGGGACGUCAAGGUGCAGAACAGCAGCCUCAGCUGCAACCCGCUCAAGGCCCAGCUGGAGGCGGCAGCGGCGGUGGCGGCCGGAGGGGCCUGGAGCCCGUCUGUGGGGGGCCCGGGGGGGCUCUGGCCCUGGAAGCCCCUCACCACCACUGAGGUGACCGAGGUGACCGAGGUGACGGAGACCAUCGUGACGGAGAUCGUGGAGGUGACCCAGUUCCCCGGUGGGGACAAGAGCCAGGAACCCCUCGUCACAAGGACGGUCAAGGUCCUGACGGAUGGCACCGGAGCCCUGCCCCAGGCGUCUGCCUUCGCGGUGGGGCCCCCGUGGGUCCGUGACCAGGAGGCCCUGGGGAAGCUGCUCUCCUGGGUGGGAGACAUGGAGGACCUGGUGGCCGGCCAGAAGCCCCCCUCUUCCGAGGCCAAGGUGGUGAAGGCUCAGCUGCAGGAGCAAAAGCUUCUGCGGCGACUGCUGGACGAGCGGCGGUCCCACGUCGAGAGCCUCCUGCAGGAGAAGAAGGCACAGCUGCCGCCCGAGACCCCAGGCCCCACCGAGCAGCAGGGCUGGGACAAGGGCCGGGGCCUCUGCAGCCUCCGGGAGAAGUGGGCUUCACUGGUCCAGGAGGCAGAAGCCAGGCACUGCUCCCUGGAGCGCAUCCUUCCUGCCGCGCAGGCCUUCCAGGAGUCGGGGGACGCCUUCCAGGAGUGGCUUGGCCGGACCGAGCGGGCGCUGGCUCAGCUCUGGAGGGCCAACGGGACCCUCAGCCGGGGGCAGGAGGCCUGUGGGCAGGCCCAGGGUCUGUGCCAGGAGAUCCGCUCCAGGCCGGCUGAGCUGGACCAGGUCCUGGAACAUGGACAGCGGCUCCUGGAGGUGGUUUCAGGCGAGGAGGCCCGCCUGGCCCAGGAGAAGAUGGACUCCCUGCGGAUGCGGUUCCUGAUGGUCAGCCAGAGCGGCGCCGACAUCCUGCAGCGCCUGGAGCAGGCCUUGGAGGCCUCCUCACGCCUGGAGCCCACCCAGGAGGACCUGGCCCUCUGGUUCUCCCGCCUGGAGAAGGAGCUCCCCUCGCUGGGAGAAGGCCCCGUGGCCCCCGCAGACAGGGAGAAGCUUGAGGCAGCUCUGCGGUCGGCCUUGUGCCAGGCGUCCCACCUGGAGGCACAGCUGGAGGGUCUGGCUCAGGUGCACCUGGAAACUGAUGCUGUCCGCUUGCAGCUGGAGGAGCAGAAGCUGGUUUCGGCAGGUAUCCUGCACCACCAGGGCCUCGUGGAGCGGCUUGUGCCCAUCGCUGGUCUGAUGCUGAGCCACCUCCCUCCUGAUGUGCAGCAGCAGGUCCAGCUGCUGGUUCAGCCCCUGCAGGAGCGCACGGAGGGCCUCUUGUGCCGAAGCGCAGCUUGCGCUGUGUCACUGGAGCAGGCCCAGUCGCUGGUGGCGCAGUUUGUGGAGGCACAGGGGGAGCUCUGUCCCUGGCUGCAGGAAACACGGGUAGCGGCGGAGCAGUUCUCCCCAGAGAGCCUCAGCUGCGAGGCCUUCAAGGAGCAGCAGGAACUCCUGCAGGGACUUCGGGAGGCCAUUGCCGAGCACAAGCCCCUCAUCACAAAGCUCCAGCGGGUCUCCACCCAACUUGCCACGCUCAACCCUCAGGAGGCAACCCCCUUCCUCCAGCACUGCCAGGAAAUGGAAGAUCAGUACAGCUGUGCCCGAGAGCGCGUCCGACAGGCCGCAGGGGUCCUGGAGGAGGCCAUUCCCCGAUACAGCCAGCUGUCAGAGCGGAUGGCGCUAAUGGUGGAAUCCUUGGAGCGGCUGCGGAGCCGCAUGCAGCCCCCUUCGGCGGCUGUGAGGGGGGACCCGGCCUGGAUCCAGGAGCAGCUCCGGGAGAACGGCUUAUGCUUGGCGGAACUGGAGAAGCUGGGGGUCGCCCUGGAGACCCUGCGGGGCCAAGGGGCCGAGCUGCUGGCCACCGUGCAAACGAGUGCCAACGAAGAGAUCCAGGGUCGGGUGGAGCAGCUGCUGCACCAGUGGGAGGAGAUGUGGGCGCAGGGCGAGGAGCGGGAGCGCUGGCUGCAGAGCCUCCUGGCACUGGCUGAACGUUUCUGGCACGGCCUCUCGGAUCUCACCACCGCCCUUGGUGACACCCAGCAGGCCGUGAUGGAGCCAGUGGAGGCCUCCUCAGACCCGGCGGCCAUCCGGACCAGGCUCGAGGCUAUGCAGGCCCUGCACGAGGAGAUUGAUGCCCUGCAGGGUGACCUGGACUCCUUGGGCACCCUUAGCGUGGAGCUGAUGGCAUCCUGCGGAGACCCAGAGAAACCGGAUGUCACAAAGAGCCUGGAUGAGCUCUACUCCUGUUGGCACAGUGUGAGCAAGGCAUGGGCAGAGCGGCAGGCCUGGCUGGAGGAGCAGCUUCAGGUCUCCCUAGCCUACCAGGAGACCUUGCAGAGGCACCUGGGCUGGCUGGGGGAAGCAGAGCUGCGGAUGGCCGAGGCAUUCCUGGUGGCGGGGAACCCGGAGCUGGUGAAGCAGCAGCUCUUGGAGCUGAAGGACUUCAAGAGGGAGCUGUACCAGCGCAAGGUGGAGGUGGAGAGUGCGCGGCCGCAGGGGGGUCCCAGGGGGGCUGACGGGAAGGACCCCCCAAAGGCCCUCUCUGACUUCCGUGAACGCUGGAGCCGGCUGGAGGAGGCGGCUGUGGGGCGGCAGCACCAGCUGGAGGCCUCCCUCCUGGGCCUUGGCCAGUUCCAGAGCCAGCUGGAGGAGCUGCUAGAGUGGCUGCUGCGCACCACAGAGCUGCUGGCAGGACCCCCCAACCUCCCCCUGGACCUCCAGAGCUGCGAGAUCGAGCUGGCAAAGCACAAGGUGCUCCGGAAUGAUGUGCUAUCCCAUGCCCGGACGGUCCAGUCGGUCAAGGAGGCCGGCCAGAGCCUCCUGCUCUCCGGUGGUGAGGGAGAGGCUGGAGAAGGGCUGCAGGGCCGCCUCCAGGAGCUGAGCCAACGCUGGGACUCUGUGCUGGGGCAGACCGAGGGCUGGCAGAUGCAGCUGGAGAGCAACCUGGGACAGGUGCAGGACAUCACCCUGGAGAUCACGGACCUCCUCCAAUGGCUGGAGCAUGUGGAGUUACAGCUCUGCUUCCACAAGCCGGUCUGGGGCCAGCCGGAAGCCACCAAGGACAAGCUGGUUGCCCACAUGGAGCUCUGCAAGGAGAUGGAGGCCAAGCAGCCGGCGUUCCACAGCCUCCGGGAAGCAGCGCAGCGACUGCUGUCCGCAGGGCCCUGUCCCCGGCCUUCAAGCAGUAGCAGCACGGAGCACAGCCUGAGCCUCCUGGAGCAAAAGUGGGACAGCGUGGCCGGGCAGCUGCAGGAGAGGAAGGAGCAGCUCAACGAAGGCCUGGCGGUCACCACCGAGUUCCACUCCUCCGUGCAGCAGCUGCUGUCCUGGGUGGAACGGAUGGAGGAGGCCCUGGGGGCCCUUCCCGCCCCCAGCUGUGUCUUGGAGACCCUUGCUGACCAGAUCCAGGAGCAGAAGGCCCUGGCCAAGGAGGCCCACGCCCAGAGCGAGAAGCUGGCCGGCCUGGAGGCGCUGGCUGCUCGCAUGCAGGACCGCAGCACUGUCCAGAGCCUGGUGCUGAGCGCCAGGGAGCACCUAGCCAGGGUGGCCCAGCAAGUGGCCGAGAGGGGAGCGCUGCUGGAGGAGGCCCGACAACGCGCCAGGCAGUUCAGUGAGUCCUGGCAGCUCCUCCUGGACUGGCUGGAAGAGGUGGACCUGGCCCAGGCGCUGCCCAGUGACGCAGCCGCAGGACAAGAGGCCAUCCGGGCCCUUCUCGGGGAGCACAAGGAGUUCCAGAAGGGUCUGCGCAGCAAGCGUCCAGUGUACGAGGCCACUUUGCGGAGCGGGCGCCUCCUCCGCGAGAAGGCCUUGCUGCCAGAGGAUGCCCAGCCGCUGGAGGAGAUGCUGCAGGAGCUGAAGGAGCGCUGGGGAGCGGUCAGCAGCUGGGCGGCCGAGAGGCAACGCAAGCUGGAAGAGAGUCUGCUCUUCUCCGGCCGCUUCACGGAUGCCUUGCAGACCCUGAUGGACUGGCUGUACCAGGUGGAGCCACAGCUGGCCGAGGAGAGCCCCGUGGCUGGAGACAGGGACCUGGUCCUCGCCCUCAUGGACAAGCACAAGGCGUUCCAGCGGGAAUUGGGCCAGCGGGCGAGCUGCAUCAAGGCGCUGCAGCGCUGCAUGCGGGACCUGAUCCGGGGGAGCGGCAGGGCCUCCUCGGGGGACGCGCAGUGGCUGCACAGCCAGGUGGAGGAACUGGGCCAGCGCUGGGAGCUCAUCUGCCGGCUCUCCCUCUCCAAGCAGGACCGGCUGGAGGCUGCCCUCAGGCAGGCAAAGGAGUUCCACAGACUGGUGCACUCCUUCCUGGGCCGCCUCUCAGAGCUGGAGAACUCCAUCAAGUAUGGUGCCCUUCCAGAGGACGUGGCGGCCGUCCAGCAGAGUCAGGAGCACAUGAAGGAGCUGCGCCAGGGGCUGCAGUGCCAGCAGCUGGAGCUGGAGUGCAUCGCUUCCCUUGGUGAGGAGAUCCUGAGCGCUUGCCACCCGGACGCCGCCAUCGCCAUCAAGUCCUGGCUCACCGUCACCAAGACCCGCUUCCAGGAGGUGCUCAGCUGGGCCCAGCAGCAGGAGGAGCGGCUCCAGGCCCAGGGGUCCUCUCUGGCGGCAGAGCAGGAGGAGGUGGCGCGCCUCACAGACUGGAUCAGGGCCGCGGAGGAAGCCCUGGCCCUGAGGGACGAGGAGCCCCUCCCAGAGGAUGUCCUCCAGCUGGAGGAGCUCAGCCGGCAGCACACGGUCUUCAUGGAGGAGCUGAACCGCAAGCAGCCGGAGGUGGAGAAGGUCACCAAGAGCUGCAAGCCCCCAGCAUCUUCUGAACUGGGGGUGGUGCCUGCCCCACGCAGACUGGCUUCCCGGCGCCGUGGUGCUGGCAGGCUCUGCCCCAGAGGCCCUGCUGCCCGGGUCCAGGAGGAGGAGCGCCCGGGGCCCCAGAAGCCCCUCCUGGCCCUCCUGGCCCACCGCUGGCAGCAGCUCUGGCUCCUGGCCCUCGACCGACAGUACCGGCUCCAGAACGCCCAGCAGCGCCAGAGAGAGCUGGAGGCGUUCUCCCGCUUUGACUUCGCCGUCUGGCGGAAGCGCUACCUGCAGUGGAUCAGCCGCCUGAAGUCGCGGGUCCUGGACGUCUUCCGGGGCAUCGACCGGGACCAGGACGGGCGCGUCUCCCUCCAGGAGUUCAUCCAGAGCGUCCUUUCCUCCAAGUUCCCCACCAACGCGCUAGAGAUGAACGCCGUGGCCAACAUCUUCGACAUGAACAGGGACGGUUUCAUUGACUACUAUGAAUUCGUCAGCACGCUGCACCCCACCCGGGACCCGAUGCACAAGGCAGCUGAUGCGGACCAGAUCCAGGACGAGGUGAACCGGCAGGUGGCCCAAUGCAGCUGCGCCAAGCGCUUCCAGGUGGAGCAGAUCAGCGCCAACCGGUACAGAUUUGGGGAGUCCCAGCAGCUGCGCAUGGUCCGCAUCCUGCGCAGCACCCUGAUGGUGCGGGUGGGAGGAGGCUGGAUCGCGCUGGACGAGUUCCUCGUGAAGAACGACCCCUGCAGAGUGAAGGGGAGGACGAACGUCAAGAUCAACGAGAAGUACCUCUCGGCAGACCCUUCGGGGGGCAAAGGGGGCAGCAGCCAGUCGGCCCCCGCCUCCAAGGCGCUCUCGCCCAGCAGCUCCAGCCUCAGCCUCUUCAGCAGCGCCUCCGCCCCCAGCAGCCCCCUCGGCAGGAAGACGGUUUUGCGCAGGACGCGCUCCGGGGACCGGUGCCCCCGCUCCUCCUGUGCUCCUCGGGAGGAAGACGGGGCCGGGGCGGCCUUUACCGGCCUGGCGCCGGACGGAGAGGACCCUCAGGCUGAGGCCGGACCCCCAGACCCGCCUGGAGAGCCCCCGCCCUGACGGACGACAGAGCUGUGCCUCUGAGCCGGAGGGGAGGGCCCCUCCCUCCUGAGAACCGGCCGCAACGCUGCCUGCCUGCCUGUGGGGCCCCUGCCUGGCGGCCCUUCCUCCCGCGGGACCCCUGGAAGGAGGGGGGGCGGGAGAGCAGCCGGACCACCUCUCAGAGAGCACAGAGGGGGUGCCGGUGGGCCUGCUCCACACAGUCCCUUGCACACACUUGCCUUUGGCCACCCUUGCCCUUCACUACCCUUUGUGCCGGGGGGGGGGGUCUGGGGGGGGGCUUGGGGCCACUGGCACUCUCCAGCCUCUGCUUCUCCCUGCGGGGGCCCAUGGAGAAGGAAGGAAGGAGGGGGCCUGGGGGGGUCAGGGUCACGCUCACUGGUCCUCGCCCCCUCUGCGCCCCCCCCCUCCAAGGGCCAAGUAGGGCUGGGAUAUCUCUCUGGUUGGGGCGGUGCUGCCUCCCCAGGAAUAAUAAAGACUUGGAGGUUUCUGUA